AUGGAGAUGAAGUUCCUGCUGGUGCUCUGCUUGUUGGCGGCGGUGCGUGGGGCUACAUCGGAUGACGUAAGUAAGAAGAGAUGGUAUUGUGGUUGAAGAUGACAGUUGAUUUAAUAUGUAAACUUGAGCCAAUAAUUGAUGUUGUAGGAUGACGAUUUAUGCAAUGAAGAGCCUCCCCAAACCUCGCCAGCAACAAGCACAUCUACUGUUUUUACGACUGUGUCAAGCACCGGUUGGACAAGCACGACCUCGAUAACAACAGAAACUACCACUUUUGCGACUGCUGCAACUGGAACUACCGCCAGCACCACAGCUGGUGGUAGUGACUCGAACAAGCCGGACGGUGGGGCUGAGAGUCCAGACGAAGAGGAUUGCGAUAACGAAGAUUUGGAUACGACAACUACAAACAAUCCGGAUUCUUCAACAACUCCGUCGGGUGCAACCGCAAGUACCACAGAUGACACAAGCGUGAGCACCACGGAGCACACAAGCGUGAGCACCACGGAGCACACAACCGCGAGUACCACGGAGCACACAAGCGUGAGCACCACGGAACACACAACCGGGGGUACUACCGAACAGACAAUCCAGAGUUCUACUGCUGAAACGGCCACUACCGCAACAACUGGUUCAACGACGGACGCGUCGGAUGAUGGAGGUAGGUUAAGUCUUUUUGCCUUUUAGACUCAGUUUUGUAAUCAGUGAAGUCAUGAGUUUAAAAAAAUAGUCAGCCAUUUAGUUUUCAAUGUGUUACGCAUAGUUCAACGUUAUACUUGUGUUAAUCGGUUCUUUCUGUUCCGUCGAUAUGUUACAUGUCGUUCUGUUGCCUUUCAUUCAAAACAUGAAGAAUUUUUUGUCAAAAACACGGGGUUUUAGGAUCCGACGGAAAUACGGAUGCCGAGGAUUGCGAGAAUGAGGAUGAAACAACCACUAGCUCUACGGGGCUGACCUCCGCUACUUCUACAGCCAUAACCGGAAGCACGAUAACGGAAAGAACUGCGACAACUGGAACAGGGUCUACAGCGAGUAGUGUCACCGGUUCUACCACUGUAAUGGGCUCAACAACUUCUUCCGACUCUACCUCGACUUCAGAAACAAGUUCGAGUCCCGACAAAAACCCUGGCACUGCAACAUCGACUUUCGGUAGCAGUACCAGUGUCGGGACCACUCUUUCGCCCUCUUCUGUUGUAACAACUUUUACCACAACUGGACGUACGGUAACCGGAGUCACAACUACUCCCUUCACAACACCAGCGUCGUCGUCGGCAACCGAAAUCACAGCUACAACAGCUUUGGGUUCAAGCACAACGGAGGUUACGGGUACUCUAGGAACCGCAACGUCCGCUGCUGCUGAGACAACAGGGACGAAUACAAAGCAAACUUCAGAGACUAGUACUCCACCGACUGCGGCUACCGCAACUCCAACAACGCCGACUAUGCCAACCACUGCGCAAACCUCUAUUACAACUUCUAACGCUGUUGUGAGUACAGCUUCUACUACGCCCACAACUCCAACAACGCCGACGACAACCCCCGUAAUUGAAACAACCCCGACAACGACUCUCACAACUUCAACUACACCAACGACUCCCACGACUACUACUACGCAAACGACUCCUACGAUGUCUACUACUCCAACUACUCCUACAACUACUACUACGCCAACGACUUCCACAACUAGUAUUACACCAACUACAACGCAAACAACAUCGACAACCCCUACUACGCCAACAAUUUCUACAACACCUGAAACUCCAACAACCCCCAUGACAACCAAAACGACAACUACAACUCCUACGACCACGCCAACAACACCUACAACUCCAAAAAUUCCGACCACUCAUAAGACUACGAAAAGAACCACUACCAAAAAAAAGCCGACCACCCAUAGGACAACGAAAAGAACAACUACCAAAAAGCAGCCGACCACCCAUAGGACAACGAAAAGAACCACUACCAAAAAGCAGCCGACUACUCGGAAAAAAUCCGGUAAGAUGGGAUGCCCUACAAAGAACCGAUAACACGUGUCAUUAGUCGUAUUACCGAUUUUUGUAGAAGCUUAAAACUAUUAAUACAACAGUAUUUUAGGAUGUGUCGAUACUCACUACGAUUGUUUCGGCCGGCACACGAUAUGCUUCCAUCCAACCUAUGAGAAAAUGAUGCGAAAAGAGUGCGCAAAGACGUGCAACUUCUGCCAAGACCCGGAUUCGACUUGCAGGGACACCCUGCAAAAUUGUCCCGCGAAAUAUGAGCUGUGUUUGGACAAUGUAAGUUACUGUUUGUGCAGAGUGCAAACCGGGCGUAUCAUGAACUCCUCUAUAGGAGAAAUUCAUGCGAAAGCUCAAGAUUGCCUGCAAUGAUGCUUCAAUUCGGAUGAAGGCCCAAAACUUUGGGACUCAUAAAUUGUUUUUGCAGGAGAAGUAACCCAAGUGCGGCGCUCAGAUUUUGAUGAAACAUGGCAGAGAUUUAGAAACAAUUUUCCUAACACCUAUACGAGACUCCUAUCUCCCGCUUUGCAUAAACGACCGAGAUUUUUGGGUCGAGCGUUGGCGUGUGACACUUUUUUGCGCAUUAUAGCGUGAAAAACAGAAAAACCAGGUUUUCCACACAAAACUGGCAAAAUUAUGGCCAAGAAGUGCUUUUCCUUACGACCGCUCUCCGCGUUUCGCGCACUUUCUCGGCCGUGAAAAUCGUUUACACAAAAUCUGAGCGUCGUAUUAGGGUGCUUACCUUUUCAGCUAAAGAUUUUUAAGUGAGAGGAUUUGUCUAACGUCACUUUUUUUAAAUUGCGAUCGAGUUCAUGAUAAACAUGACGACCAAGUUCGUGUUAAAUGGAAGUUAAGCUUUUUUGUAAUUAAUCCACCUCUUCGUGGUUUAACCUAACCAACUCGGACUUGGUCGUGUGCCUGGUCAUGACUUUGACCACGUCUUUGAAGAGACAAUAGACAAGUUUUCUCGAAUUUAUCCUGACUUAUGACACAUGAAGCCAAAGAUUUUGGGUGUUCGUACGGUACGAAGAAUCUGCUGUUUUUCUCAACUUCAAUCUUUCGCUACUUGAAAUUCGAAAACAUUGUGGAAUACAAAUUUUUCCAUGUUUUUCAAAAACUUUGACGCAAUAACAUUCCUUUCAUAUUUUUGACGCAAUAACAUUCCUCUCCACCGCUGAUCAAACAAAAAAAUACCAUUUUUCAGACCUACAUGAACAUGAUGUCCAAUACUUGCAAGAAGACAUGCGGAUAUUGCACAUGA